UGAAAUCACUGCGACAUAAGGAGUAGUAAAUUCCAAACGACUGAGCUCGGAGUCCACUGGCUCGUCUAGGCCGAGAGGGAAGCGGUCGACGGAUGAUGACGUGAGCGCCCCGCCCUGCUCUCGCCUCUCUUUGGGGUGGCGCUCGCUGGUGACAUCAUGGUUGUGAUGGCCGCCGCGAGGCCGGGAAGGUGAAGUAAGGCGGUUACAGGUGGAGUCAACACCGUCUACAGCCAACCUUGACGGGAGACAACACAGAGGAGAAUCAGAUUCUUACUACUUUUUGACUCCAGCCCUGUUCAUGAUGCCCACGCUGUGAACGUCUCUUACCACCCAAAAACUUCUCCUCUGUUCCAGCUGUGCCAGCUGACGAUCGUGGAUACAUUUUAUUUUCCCUGCUAGGAGUUGCUGUACAUAAAACUGGCGCGAUGUCCCUGCUCUUCUCUCGAUGUAACCCCAUCGUCACGGUCAAGAAGGAUAAGAGACACAUGGCCGAGGUGAAUGCGUCCCCUCUCAAGCACUUUGUCACCGCCAAGAAGAAGAUCAAUGGCAUCUUUGAGCAGCUGGGGGCCUACAUCCAGGAGAGCGCCGCCUUCCUGGAAGACACCUACAGGAAUGCAGAGCUGGACCCUGUCACAACCGAAGAGCAGGUUCUGGACGUCAAAGGCUACCUGUCCAAAGUGAGGGGCAUCAGCGAGGUGCUGGCCCGGCGGCACAUGAAGGUGGCCUUUUUCGGUCGGACGAGCAACGGGAAGAGCACCGUGAUCAAUGCCAUGCUGUGGGACAAGGUUCUGCCCUCCGGGAUUGGCCACACCACCAACUGCUUCCUGCGGGUGGGCGGCACCGAGGGCCACGAGGCCUUCCUGCUUACCGAGGGCUCGGAGGAGAAGCGGAGCGUCAAGACUGUGAACCAGCUGGCCCACGCCCUGCAUCAGGACGAGCAGCUGCACGCUGGCAGCCUGGUGAGCGUGAUGUGGCCCAACUCCAAGUGCCCGCUUCUGAAGGAUGACCUGGUGCUGAUGGACAGCCCUGGAAUCGAUGUCACCACAGAGCUGGACAGCUGGAUCGACAAGUUCUGCCUGGACGCUGACGUGUUCGUGCUGGUAGCCAACUCGGAGUCCACCCUGAUGCAGACGGAGAAGCAGUUCUUCCAUAAGGUGAGCGAGCGGCUGUCCCGCCCAAACAUCUUCAUCCUGAACAACCGGUGGGAUGCGUCCGCCUCGGAGCCCGAGUACAUGGAGGAGGUGCGGCGGCAGCACAUGGAGCGCUGCACCAGCUUCCUGGUGGACGAGCUGGGCGUGGUGGAUCGAGCCCAGGCCGGGGACCGCAUCUUCUUUGUGUCUGCCAAGGAGGUGCUCAACGCCAGGAUCCAGAAAGCCCAGGGCAUGCCGGAAGGAGGGGGUGCGCUCGCAGAAGGCUUUCAAGUGAGAAUGUUUGAGUUUCAGAAUUUCGAGAGGAGAUUUGAGGAGUGCAUCUCCCAGUCUGCAGUGAAGACCAAAUUCGAGCAGCACACGGUCCGGGCCAAGCAGAUCGCGGAGGCCGUGCGCCUCAUCAUGGACUCCCUGCACAUCGCGGCGCAGGAGCAGCGGGUUUACUGCCAGGAGAUGCGCGAAGAGCGGCAGGACCGGCUGCGGUUCAUUGACAAGCAGCUGGAGCUCUUGGCUCAGGACUACAAGCUCCGGAUUAAGCAGAUUACGGAGGAGGUGGAACGGCAGGUGUCCACUGCUAUGGCUGAGGAGAUCAGGCGCCUCUCUGUGCUGGUCGACGAGUACCAGAUGGAUUUCCACCCCUCUCCAGUCGUCCUCAAGGUCUACAAGAACGAACUGCACCGCCAUAUAGAGGAGGGGCUGGGCCGGAACAUGUCUGACCGCUGCUCCACCACCAUCACCCAGGCCCUGCAGGCCAUGCAGCAGGACAUGAUCGAUGGCUUGAAGCCCCUCCUUCCGGUGUCUGUGCGGAAUCAGAUAGACAUGCUGGUCCCUCGCCAGUGCUUCUCCCUCAGCUACGACCUCAACUGUGACAAGCUGUGUGCUGACUUUCAGGAGGACAUCGAGUUCCAUUUUUCUCUGGGGUGGACCAUGCUGGUGAAUAGGUUUCUGGGCCCCAAGAACAGCCGUCGGGCCUUGAUGGGCUACAAUGACCAGGUGCAGCGUCCCGUCCCGCUGACACCUGCCAACCCCAGCAUGCCGCCCCUGCCGCAGGGCUCCCUCACCCAGGAGGAGCUCAUGGUCUCCAUGGUUACUGGCCUGGCCUCGCUGACAUCCCGGACCUCCAUGGGCAUCCUGGUGGUUGGCGGCGUGGUGUGGAAGGCGGUGGGCUGGCGGCUCAUUGCCCUCUCCUUCGGGCUCUACGGCCUACUCUACGUCUACGAGCGCCUGACCUGGACCACCAAGGCCAAGGAGAGGGCCUUCAAACGGCAGUUUGUGGAGUACGCCAGCGAGAAGCUGCAGCUUAUCAUCAGCUACACGGGCUCCAACUGCAGCCACCAAGUCCAGCAGGAACUGUCUGGGACCUUUGCUCAUCUCUGCCAGCAAGUGGACAUCACCCGGGAAAACCUGGAGCAGGAAAUUGCUGCCAUGAAUAAGAAGAUCGAAGUUCUGGAUUCCCUGCAGAGCAAAGCCAAACUGCUCAGGAAUAAGGCCGGUUGGCUGGACAGCGAGCUCAACAUGUUCACGCACCAGUACCUGCAGCCCAGCAGAUAGUGGACGGCAGGGGACGUGCGAGGAGGAGGGCAGUGCCGCCUGCCCUCGGUGAUGCAUGGCCCCACGAUGUGGCCUCCACCUCGGUCCCUGGCCACCACCCCCCGAGUGAAAGCACCUACUGUCUCGUGCUGCUCCAGCCCUUCGGCACCAGUCCCCGCCUCUCGCCCGCUCCUGCAGGGCACCUCUGGCCAGGCCCCUGGAGGAGGCUCCGGUGAUGCCCGCCAGAUGGUCCUGGGAGUCAGGGCCAGGCCUUGCCCCGCCUGUCAGGUCCCUGGACUGAAAGUCAUCUGUCUGCUUGGGAAGGUCGUGAGAUGUCCACCUUGCAGAUCAACUGACAGCAGCCCUCAGGGGUUCCAGGCAGAGCCCCCGCCUUCCUUCAGCCCUGUGCACUGUUCCCUUGCACCCCAGCACACCCAUGACGAGGCCACGUCGGCAUGGCCAGGUGCCCUUUCCCAAAGCGUCUGAAAUGAUUGCAGAAAGGCGUGUGGCGCAGGACUCCUGUGUGGUGCUGGCGGGAGCUGGUCUGGCCUAGGUGGGCAGAGGAUGUAGAAGAAGGUCUGCGGAAGGUGGGGGCGCUGCCCUGCUCAGGACGGCUGGAGAGUGCGCUUGGCACAGAGCAGGGCCCCCGCUGGACCUUGCCCUGUGAGGGGCACACGGGCCUCAGCCCCCACUCCACUAUCUUAAUGGCGUCCCCAUCUCACUAGCCACCCUUGGCCCGGGGCCUGCAGACUGUUUUCUGUGCCAGGUGGGAAUCCUGACCCCAUUCUCCUGCGCUCCUGGACCCCCAGAGCCUCCUCUGACAGGCCUGGUCUCAUGUCCACUUUGAGAACUGCUUCCUGUUUUCGUGUGUUGGGAUUGCUACUACUCAGAGUGGGCAAGAUUCCUGUCACUGUGGUGUUAACUGGGAAAGGCAGGGCCUUGGCAGAAUGUUCUAGAAAUAAGUGCUGCAGGAUGGAGACCAGGGCGGGCCUCCACAGAGGGGAGCUGGUCCUGCUGGGUUUCAAACCCCUGACACGUGAGGAAAGGAGGUGGUGCGUGGCCACACGGGAGGCCACCUGCAAGUGCUGGCUCGGCCCCAGGCCCUCCCUCCCCGUUCUGUGGGGCAGUGGUCAGCUAGGCAGGGGGACAGUGUGCCAUUAGGACAGGUGUGGGCUACUCACAGCCUGUGGGGAACAGUCAGCAUCGCCCGAUCCCAGUGAGUCCCUGGGAAGUAAGUAAAUAAAUAAACAUGAAUUCUGUUCCGCAUAGCCCUGGGCAGUGUGUGGAAUCCUGUUUCUUCCAGGAAGUGAGUAGAGGGAAAUUGUGCCGCUGAGGGACGCGUGGCCGAGGGCACCGCACGGGGGGCCGCUGAUGUUCAGCUUACCUCUGCUGGGGUGCAGACGUGCUUGCCGUGAGUUUCUCCCUGCGUGUGUAAGGUGCCGCCUCUGCUGAACCCCCUGUACCCUUGCCGUGAUCUGGGAAAGUAAAUAAAGCCCAGUGGGAACCGUG